CAGAGGUUCUUCUUUCUUCCACAUAAUCUAAAUAUCUUCUCUGAAAUAUUUUCUCUUUUUUCCUUGUUUGCUUCGCCGCUUUCCGACCAGUCAAGCUCGUCUGCAACAUUUAAACGAAGAAGAAGAACAUCAACAACAAACAUUAUCAAGCUCGAAGGUAACUCCGGUUUUAUAUAAAUCCAUGGAGCUUUAGAAGUAUCUUUUUCUGUUUUCCCAAGAUAUUAGGGUUUGGAUUAUUGUAGUUGAUCUGAUAACCUGCUCUAGUCGCACUGGGCAAGAGCGGAUUGUAGAGGUUUGACCGUUUCAGUGAUUUCUUUGGGGAAGCGGAAUGUGCAAGUACUCUAGUGGAGUGAAGGAGGGUUUCUCACCGGUUCAAUCAACUGUUUUCCUCAUCAUCAGUCUUUUUGAAUCUGGUUGAUGGGGAGUGUUCCUCUGAACAAUGAUGCUACUGAAACCAAAAGGCUCGGGGAGGUUAUUAACCAUGUGUAUGAAAUUAGGGACGGAGUUGUGGGUGAGGGGCAGGGUCUCUCGGAAGAAGAUGAGUCAAGGGUUAACGAGGUUGCUGAGGAUAUAAAUGGACAUGAAGGGGCCAUCCAGACCCCGGCUGUUGUGCAGCAACCCCCACAACAGCCUCAAGGGCCAGUGGUUAGUUGGGAGAGGUUUCUACCUCUUAGGUCACUGAAGGUUCUGCUGGUGGAAAAUGAUGAUUCAACACGCCAUGUGGUCAGUGCUCUGCUUCGAAAUUGCAGUUAUGAAGUGACAACUGCUUCAAAUGGUUUGCAAGCAUGGAAAAUCCUACAGGAUCUGACCAAUCAUAUUGAUCUUGUGCUAAGUGAGGUAGUCAUGCCUUAUUUUUCAGGCAUUGGUCUUCUAUGCAAGAUAAUGAACCACAAAACUUGCAAGAACAUUCCUGUGAUUAGUUUUUAUGCAGUGAUGUCAUCUCAUGAUUCUAUGGGUAUAGUCUUUAAGUGUUUGUCAAAGGGUGCAGUUGACUUUUUAGUGAAGCCUAUUCGAAAGAAUGAGCUUAAAAACCUUUGGCAGCAUGUUUGGAGGAGAUGCCACAGUUCAAGUGACAGUGGAAGUGGAAGUGGAAGUGAAAGUCGUAUACAGACUAGAAAAUCUACCAAGUCAAAAAGUGUUGAAGAGUCUGUUGACAAUACUGGCAGCAAUGAUGAAGAUGAUAGUCCGAGCAUUGGUUUAAAUGUUAGAGAUGGAAGUGACAAUGGAAGUGGCACUCAGAGCACCUGGGCAAAACAAGCAGUAGAAGUUGACAGCCCACAACCUAUGUCACUGUGGAACCAAAUAGCUGAUCCUCCUGGCAGCACUUGUGCCCAGAUUAUUCAUCCAAAGACUGAAGCAUUUGACAAUGAGGGGCCUGUUACUACAAAAAGGGACUGUGAAGAACAAGAUGAGCAACUUGACUCUGUUGCAAUGGGAAAAGAUUUGGAGAUUGGAGUACCUAGAAAUUCAGAUUUACUACUUAAAUAUCCAAGCGAGAAAAUCUCUGCCAAUUUUGCCAGCACAAAGCAGGAUAUAUCGCCUGUACUGGACUGCAAGGACUGUGAGAAAAUAUUUAAGGGAGCACCAGAACUAAAAAGCAAGAAUCCAAUUGGAAAAAUGAGGCCCCAAGAUGCUGAAUUAAUGGCUACGGUUGCCGACAGUACCAAUAAUCAGUUGGAAACAGUAGUUUCUGAAGUUCCCUAUGGCUUUUCCAUGAUCCCAGAUGACAGAGAUAAGACUGUAACCGACAGUGAAGAACUACCAUCCCUUGAACUGAGCUUAAAGUGGCUGAAAGGAGUUGGUGAUGUUGGUACUGCCACUCAUGAUGAAUGCAAUGUUUUGAGACAUUCAGACGUUUCAGCCUUUUCAAGGUACAACAAUGCUUCUACUGCAAAUCAGGCUGCCAAUGGGAACUUAGGAAGCUGUUCUCUUGGUAAUAAUUCAGAAGCACCAAAGACACAAUCAAUACAGAAUUUUCAUUCUAAUGGAACCCUUCCAAAUCAUCAAUCCCAUGGAUGUAGCAACAACAAUGACAUGGGCUCCACAACUAAAAAUGCUUUCACCAAGCCAGCACUUUUCAAUGACAAGUUUGGUUCCACAUCGACAGCCAAAUCUCUGCAUCCCGCUGCCUUCCAACCUGUGCAGAAUGGUCAUGUAUACCCUCCUCAGCAAGUCAUACCCAAGAAGGCCAAUGAUGGAGCAGCUGCCAUUGUGCAAGCACAACCAAAAGACUCAAAGCAAGAUAUUCAAAUCCAGCAUCACCAUUAUCAUUACCACCACUAUCACCACCAUCUCCACAAUCUGCAGCCACAGCAACCGCCAGAUCAUGAAGAUAGUUUAUUUAAGAACAUGGCAGCAGCUGGUCCACAGUGUGGGUCAUCCAAUGUGUCUGAUGGGCCUGUGGAAGGGAACACUGGUAACUGCAGCCUGAAUGGUAGCGCCUCAGGCAGUAACCAUGGGAGUAAUUGGCAGAAUGGAGGCGGCACUGCCAUGAAUCUGGGACGAAUUAAAAUCGAAAGUGACUAUGCGAUAGCUGAAAAAAGUGGAGCUGGUAGCGGUAGUGGGAGUAGGAUUGGAGUAGAUGAAAACCGAAGAGUGGCUGUCUUGACCAAGUUCCGUCAGAAGAGGAAAGAGAGAUGCUUUGAAAAGAAGGUCCGCUACCAAAACAGGAAGAGACUGGCUGAGCAGAGACCUCGUGUUCGUGGACAAUUUGUGCGACAGGCAGUGUCUGAACAGACCAUCUGUGACGCAGAUUGCUAAGCCUACCCUUGUGCCUCGUGGUGCUUGUGGAAUUAUGGAAUGUGAGAUUAGCACUAGCUGCUGUAAAUUUAAAAGGGGGGGGGGGGAGUACUUAAAAAGAGUUUGUACUAGGACUUUUGAGCUAAGGAAGAUCUGAUAGUAUAUUAAUAGUAUAUUAAGUGCUUGAAGACCUUAACCAUUGAUGUGAUUAUCUCUAAGACACCUCAAACUGUAUUUUAUGGUUGUAGACUUUGAUGACUGCAACUGCACAGAAGGUAUUUGGGUAGCCUUCAUCCUGUUAGGAUAGCAUAAAUUGUCAUGCCUGGUGUUGCUGCAGGUUGUGUUCUGUUCAGAACUGUUUCCCUAAAUGCUUGCUUUCCCUUAUUCUGGUAUCAGAAGAAAGUGGGCUCUAAGCUUUUUAUUACUA